AUGGGUUGCUGUAGCAGCAAAAAGAAUGCUCCGAAACCCGGUUCAAAUGGGUUUGGGUCAUCCCAGCCUUAUCAGCAGCAGCAAGCGGCGGCUCAGCCUCUGAAAGUCUCAUCCCAACAACCCCACUACCCACCACCACCACCACCCAGACCACAGCCCCAGCAGAGGGCACAGGCUGCACAGCCGCCGCCCCAACCAAGAGCACAGCCCCAGCAGCCAAACCCUUCUCCAGUAAAACCAGCGCCGCCGCCGAAUAGCAUUCUCGGGAAGCCCUUUGACGACAUUAAGCAGUACUACACACUCGGAAAAGAACUGGGCAGAGGCCAAUUCGGCAUCACAUACUUGUGCACUGAGAACUCCACCGGCCACAGUUACGCCUGCAAGUCGAUCCUGAAGCGAAAACUCGUGAGCAAAAACGACAGGGAAGACAUCAAGAGAGAGAUUCAGAUUAUGCAGCAUUUGUCUGGGCAGCCAAACAUUGUGGAGAUCAAGGGAGCUUAUGAGGACAAGUACUCUGUGCAUUUGGUCAUGGAGCUCUGCGCCGGUGGGGAGCUUUUCGAUCGGAUCAUAGCGCAGGGACAGUAUUCGGAGAGGGCUGCCGCUGCAAUUCUGCGUGACAUUGUGAAUGUUGUGCACAUUUGUCACUUCAUGGGCGUGCUGCACCGCGAUCUCAAGCCAGAGAAUUUCUUGCUGUCUAGCAAGGAUGCGAAGGCAAUGCUGAAGGCAACGGAUUUCGGGUUGUCUGUUUUCAUUGAGGAAGGAAAGGUGUACCGUGAUAUAGUCGGCAGUGCUUACUAUGUUGCUCCUGAAGUCUUGCGGCGUAGUUAUGGAAAGGAAAUAGAUAUUUGGAGUGCAGGGGUUAUUCUGUAUAUCCUACUCAGUGGUGUACCUCCAUUUUGGGCUGAAACUGAGAGGGGCAUAUUCAAUGCCAUAUUGGAAGGAGUAAUAGACUUUGAUAGUCAACCAUGGCCAUCAAUAUCAGACAGUGCUAAAGAUUUGGUUAGAAAGAUGCUGACACAGGACCCAAGAAAGAGAAUUACUUCUGCAGAAGUUCUUGAGCACCCGUGGCUCAGAGUAGGCGGAGUAGCAUCAGACAAGCCAAUAGAUAGUGCAGUUCUCUCUAGAAUGAAGCAAUUCAGGGCAAUGAAUAAGCUCAAGCAACUUGCUUUGAAGGUCAUAGCAGAGAAUCUAUCGGAAGAAGAAAUUAAAGGCCUUAAAACAAUGUUCACCAAUAUGGACACUGACAACAGUGGUACAAUAACUUACGAAGAACUGAAGACAGGUUUAGCGCGUAUUGGGUCGCGGCUGUCUGAAACCGAAGUUAGGCAACUCAUGGACGCUGCUGAUGUGGAUGGAAAUGGAUCGAUUGAUUACAUAGAAUUUAUAUCUGCGACUAUGCAUAGACAAAGAUUAGAAAGAGAUGAGCAUCUCUACAAAGCGUUCCAGUAUUUUGACAAGGAUAGCAGUGGGUAUAUUACAAGAGACGAAUUAGAGGCUGCUAUGAAGGAGUAUGGAAUGGGUGAUGAUAACACCAUCAGAGAAAUAAUUUCUGAGGUUGAUGCUGAUAAUGACGGGAAGAUCAACUAUUCAGAAUUCUGUGCAAUGAUGAGAAGUGGGACUCAACAACCAGCAAAGCUCUUUUAAUUCCACUAACAGGCAUUUCAGAACUUACAAGCACAAGUGAAUCGUUAUGGAUUUGAGCUGCUUAAGUGAGUUUAACUGUUGGGUAGUAUGACUCGUGUGCUCGUAUCAGAGCAUUAUUUCCGGGAGGUAUGAAGUAAACCAGACUAAUCUUGAUCGAAAACGGGCAGUUUGAGCAUGUGAAGCUAGAGUUUGGUGUUUGAUUAAUUAGGCUGUGUUUCUGUGCAUCUAUUUACUUGUUAGCUUAUUUUUUUGAAGUUCUGUUCAAUCUUGUUAUGAACCUUUUCCUGAAUAUACGACGAUUUUAAUUAAUUUAAAAAGAUUUCGUUGUGAUAUAAA